AUGUCGACCAGUCUGCGUAACAUCCGCCCUCGAGGAUCGGCGACUGACGACAAGUCAACGUCCGAGGAUAAUGCGCUCAAGAGCUCCAAGGGACGGGUGGCAUGCGGGCAAUGCCGGAAGCUGCGGCAAAAGGUACUACCCAGCGUAGCUGGCAUGCGUCUCUUUGCUCCUUUUCACACAACGAACGAUGACCCAUCGGUGGAUGGAACAAAUAAGCUGAACUGUGAUACCCAACGGCCGUCCUGUGGCCGGUGUCUGUCCACGAAGCAUGACUGCGUCUACGAGGCAGACCUCGGCGAGACGCGGAUGCAGGGGAUCCGCAAGGCCAACCGCCAGCUCCGAGGCGAGGUGAACGCGCUGAAGUCGUUGCUGGAGCGGCUCAAGUCGGCGGACGACGACGCGAAGGCGGACAUCAUGGCCCGCCUCGCCGACGACGAGCCACCCGAGGCCAUUCUCCAACGCCUCAAGGACGGCGAGGGGGUAUCACGGAAGGGGAAGCCAGGCAGCUCUCACAUUCACACCACUUCCGAGACCGAGCCAUUCAGGCGCAGCCCAACGACAACGACAACGACGACGACGACGACGAUGACAUCAACAACAACACUAAAACCAACAAGAGCAACGAGCAUCGAUGGCCUCGUCAAAGUGGAGGAAGACGACGAGCCUCCGCUCCCGCCCGGGAUCGUCCCGUGGCACAUUGACAAGAUGCACUACCUCCUCCACCGCGUCCAACGCAUCGACAUCAACGCGAACUCGACAGACUCGCAGUCUCACACUCAUCGCUUGGACGGACAAGAGCCACGCUCGGAAAAGGAAGAAGCAGACGAGGAGCAGAAGAACCCGCAACUCCUCCACGCCAUCCUCGCAGCCGACCGCGAGGCCCAACGCCGGUCCAAGUCCUCCUCGGCAGAGUCCCUGCCCCCCGGCGCCGUCGAGGCCUUCGGCAACCUCCCGCUCUCCUCCGCCGUGCGGGCCAACUACUAUCCCGCGGCGGUCCAGGCCCGGCAGCUACUCGCCCUGCAGACCGAGGAGUACCGCCUGCCCUCCUUCAUCGCCUCCGACGGGAGCCCGCUGUCCAGCCUGUUCUACAGCUACCGCGACGCCGCCAUGGAGAUGCUCUCGAACGGCGUGCCGGCGUCCCAGGUCCUGGGGCCCUCGGACCGCAUCGACCUGGAGCUCUUCUUCCGCGAGCGCGAGCCCCACGACGCCUACGACGUCCACUCGUGGUCCUGCGAGCUGCUGAAGAACAUUGAGGGCUACGACAUCUUUGUGAAGCUGGCGAGCGUCGCCCUCUACACGACGUACAUGCGGUGGAACAUCCUGCCCACGGCCACGAACUACGCCCUCAUGCCCGCCAUGAUCCGCCCAACCCAGCUGCAGCGGUUCGUGCCGCAUCGCAUGACCAUCGACCUCGUCCCACACCCCGCCAUCCGCGACGCCUUGAUCCACAAGUUCCGCGACUGGCUCUCCCCCGGCACGACGGACACGGGCGGCACCAGCGUCGGCUGGCCCUACAGCCUCGACGCCGCCGUCGACGUGUGCCCCAUCACGGGCCGCAGGAUGCUGAGCCGCGCCUUCAUCGAGCACGCCACCAACGGCUCCAACUGGAGCCUGGACAAGUCCAUCCGCGCCAUGUACCCAGAGAUCGAGGGCAUGGGGUUCAGGAUCCGGGAGUGA